AUGCAGUCAGAUGACCUCUUCAUUCGCAAGUUCCGCCGGCAAAAUGUGCGCCCCCCCAUCGCAACUGUGAACUUUGAUCCAAAGAGGGAUGCAGGUGUGGUAGAGUGGCCCCCCAGGAGGGAGGGCAAUGGGACAGAGGCAGACAGCCUCACUCCAAGCCGAGUGGGGUUAAACCUGAGGGCUGUGGGCAGGGGACACAUCAUGCAGAGGAGUAACAGCGACGUGACGUUAGGAGACUUGGACUCAUCUGGGAAGGCGGGGGGCAAAGCAGUGCGUGUGGAGAAGGUGGGAGCAGGAUCACAGGGGGAUUCAGGUUUGCUGCGCAGAGAGUACGGCAGUCUGUCCUCUCUGGAGAGACAGACACGGACAUCAGAGGCCAACGCAGAGGAGCAUGGCCCUCUCAGUCCCAACGAGCUGCGCUUUAAAGACCCUUUCCUGCUGUUAGGCCUCCAUGGAAACCCCCCAGAGCCCGAUGGCUUUUUUAAGGGCAUCACUACUUCAAUAGGAGAGUCUCUUAAACCAGCAAAGCCUCCCAAACCAGAAGGUCUCACAAAGAAGGCGAAACUCACACCUGUGCCACAGCCUGCAUCCUGUGACAUUGGCGGCGGGGCCUGGGUGAGGAACUUUGCCCAUUACGACGUUCAGAGCAUCCUGUUUGACCUCACAGAAGCCGCCACCAACAGAGACAGCAUCGGCCGCAAGAAGAACAUCACAUCUGGGGCGUCGGCUGCUUCUCAGCUUAGGCCGCUGUCCCAGAGCAGUUCGUCAUCUCCCGCUCAGGGCGGGAACGCUAAUGGGGCAAAUGUGGAUGAUGCGGAGCAGUCGCUGCUGUUGGAUGAAGGGGACGGCAACGACAACGAGCUGUUGUUGAGCUGCCCACAUUUCCGUAAUGAGACUGGAGGAGAGGAGCAGGUGGGCCUGGACCGGACUCAGGGCAGACAGAGGCCGUGGUCGAGUCUGAAGACGCCUAACGAUGCUGUGUCCGUCCUGGAGGAGCCCAGAGAAAGCAACGUCCAGCAGCAGGGAAAGAGCAACUACUUCAUAGAGCACGCAGACCUGGGAGCCCACUACUAUCGCAAAUACUUCUACAUGAAAGAACAUCAAAACUUCUUUGGGAUAGAUGACCGUCUGGGUCCUGUGGCCAUUAGUUUCCGUCGCGAGGAGAAGGAGGGAUCCAGUGGAGCUCAGUACAAUUACAGAAUCAUCUUCCGCACCACAGAGAUGAAGACAUUAAGAGGUUCAAUCUUGGAGGAGUCUGUUCCGUCUGCCGCGCGCCACACCACCCCCAGAGGCUUAUCUCCCAAACGGCUGCUGGAGUUCAUCAUGCCAGAACUCAACCUGCACUGUCUGCGCCUCGCCUCCAACUCGCCCAAAGUCAGAGACACGCUGCUCAAGCUCGACGAACAAGGGUUGAAUUUCCAGCGUAAGGUCGGCAUCAUGUACUGCAGAUCAGGGCAGAGCUCAGAGGAGGACAUGUACAACAACGAGAGUUCUGGCCCGGCGUUCGAGGAGUUCCUGGACCUGCUGGGGGAGCGGGUGCGGCUCAAAGGCUGGGAGAAAUACCGCGCUCAGCUGGACAACAAGACCGAUUCAACCGGAACACACUCACUCUACACACGCUAUCAGGACUAUGAGAUUAUGUUCCAUGUGUCCACCAUGCUGCCCUACACAUCUAAUAACACACAACAGCUACUGAGGAAGAGACACAUUGGGAACGACAUAGUGACAAUCGUGUUCCAGGAGGCUGGAGCGUUGCCCUUUACUCCCAAAUCCAUCCGCUCCCAUUUCCAGCACGUCUUCAUCAUAGUGCAGGUCCAUGAGCCCUGCACUGAAAACACCCACUACAGGGUGGCUGUGACACGCUCUAAAGACAUGCCAUUAUUCGGCCCGCUGUUCCCCAAAGGCGCCCGCUUCCCCCGCUCCUCAGCAUUCAGAGACUUCCUCCUGGCAAAAGCAGUGAACGCUGAAAACGCUGCUGAGAAGUCUGAGAAGUUUAGAUCCAUGGCCACCAGGACGCGACAAGAAUACCUCAAAGAUCUGGCUGAGAACUAUGUCACCACCACGCCGAUCGAUUCAUCCACAAAGUUCCCACUGCUCUCUCUUGGGGGCAAACGAAAAGACAAGCAAAAAGGAGCUAAAGGAGCGGAGUUGCACAGCGCUGGGGCUUUGGUGUGGGCAGUGAUGGUCAGUAAUGGGGAUGAAGGAGACAUAGGGGAACUGAGGCUGCCCUGUCUGCUGGGCGUGUCUGCAGAGUCAGUAGUUCUGAUAGAAAGAUGCACAAGAAGAGUAGUGUUCACCUGUUCCUGUCGGGACGUGAUCGGCUGGAAGGCGGUGACUGAGGUGAAAGACGGAGGCCCGAGUUUGGAUAUCUUCUACGAGCGAGGCGAGUCGGUGUCCAUGAGUGUCCCGGAGAGCCAGGUGGAGGACAUAAAGGAAGUCGUACAGAGACUGGAGCUGGUGACCCGCGGCUGCGAGGCUCUGGAGGUCACGCCCCUGCGUGACGGCGUGGGUCAGCCCGGCUUCCUCAUGAACGAGGAGGGCUUCGUCACGGAGCUGCAGCGCUUCUGUUACGCAGAGAGCGGAGGUCUGCAGCUGUGGGCCCGGGUGGUCCGUCUGUGCGGCCACUCUCUGGUCUACUUGACCCCCGAGGAGAGGACCAGGCUGCUCCGGACCGCGCACAAAAUCCACAUCACCGUUAUCCCCCCAGACGAGAACGGAAAGCCUCGCAGAAGUUUCUCUGAACUCUAUCAGAAGGCCAUCAUGGAUGCCGAGUGUAAAACUGGGGAGAACCAAUCAGGAGAGGCGUGGGUGCUGGACGAGAGGGAGGAGGAGGAGGAUGAGGAGGAAGAGGAAGAGGAGGUGGACAGGGUCACACAGAUGGACGUCACUGAGGUGGAUGCAGGAAACAUAAAUGAGGAGUUAAGUGACCAAACGCCCAGUGAACAGAGACUUGAGCCGCUCCUCAUGCCGCCCGGGUUGCCUUUGUUACGGGCGACAUCGCUGCAGGACCAACCGACCAAUCAGAGCGACGAUGAGGCCUCACAGCUCACACGCAGCUUCUCAUUGGAGAAACAGCCUUCUUUCAAAGACACAUGUGAUGGCGAGGAAUUGGACAGCGAGCCUCUGAAGAUGGACCACCCCAUCUACGAGAACGUGGGAGAGCUGAGAGACGCCACUCCUGACCUCAUCUUGGCUGUUAAACCUAAAGUCGCACUGGAGGAAGACCUGUUCCUGGGCACUGAUGAUAAAGCAUCCGCGAGUGAUGGCUCUCUCACGCGCAUGUCUUGUAUCGACCGGGCCGAAAGAAAUUCACGAGCCCUGAGUCUCCAUAACUCCAUCACAAAGAUCCUCUCGGAGACGACAGACACCACUGAAGAGGAAUGGCAGUCCAUCGCAGAUCUGGCCACAGCCUGCCGCAGCAUUCUGGAGGCCCUGUCACGAGAAGAUCGUAAAGGUAGUGAUUCAUCUCAGUCAGGCGAACAAAGGGACUCAAAGGAGAGUGACUCUCCGGGCCACCUCGAGGAGAAGGUGUCGCAGCUUGAGUCUAUGCUGAAAAAGCUGCAGAACGACCUGCAAAAGGAGAAGGAGGACAAGGCCGUGCUGCAGGCCGAGGUGCAGAGCCUCAGGCAGAACAACCAGCGGCUGCAGGAGGAGUCUCAGAGCACAGUGGCUCGCCUCAUCAAAGUCACGGAGCUACUGUGCAACGUCAACAAGCCCUGUUAG